CUAUUUUGCUCUUUUAGGCUUUAAUAUAACUGCGGGAGUUAAUGAAGAAACAGGAUUUGUUUAUGGUGGAAAUCGCUUUAAUUGUGGCACAUGGAUGGAUAAAAUGGGAGAAAGUGACAGAGCUAGAAACAAAGGAACCCCAGCCACCCCAAGAGAUGGGUCUGCUGUGGAAAUUGUGGGCCUUUGUAAAUCUGCUGUUCGCUGGUUGCUGGAAUUAUCAAGGAAAAAUAUCUUCCCUUAUCACGAAGUUAGAGUAAAAAGACAUGGUAAGGUUGUAGCAGUCUCAUAUGAUGACUGGAACAGAAAGAUCCAGAACAGCUUUGAGAAGCUGUUUCAUGUUUCAGAAGACCCCUCGGAUCCUAACGAGAAGCACCCAGACCUAGUCCACAAGCGUGGCAUAUACAAAGACAGCUACGGCGCCUCCAAUGCUUGGUGUGACUACCAGCUCAGGCCUAACUUUACUAUAGCUAUGGUCGUCGCCCCUGAACUCUUCACUACAGAAAAAGCAUGGAAAGCUUUAGAGAUUGCAGAAAAGAAGUUGCUGGGUCCCCUUGGCAUGAAAACUUUAGAUCCAGAUGAUAUGGUUUACUGUGGAAUUUAUGACAACGCCUUAGACAAUGACAACUACAAUCUUGCUCGAGGUUUCAAUUAUCACCAAGGACCUGAGUGGUUAUGGCCUAUUGGGUAUUUUCUGCGUGCAAAGUUACAUUUUUCCAAGUUGAUGGGUCCAGAGACUACUGCAAAGACGAUUUUUUUGGUUAAGAAUGUUCUUUCUCGACAUUAUGUUCAUCUUGAAAGGUAAGUUGUCUCGGAUGGGUAAUGUCCGUAACCAGUGCCUCAUCAGUUCAUUCGACGCUAGGUAAAUGUGUUUCCUUAGAAUUCAUGCCUGUUUGCUCUAGGUAGCCCAGUGCACCUCGAGAUCUUCACUUUUUAAAACAGCUUCUAUUAUGUAAUUUUCAUCUUCACUAUUUUAGGUUUUAAUUUAGUUUAACUUGAGGAGCUGAUACUGUAUUAUUUGUCCAUGUGGAGUAGUCUUUGAUUUUCAAAUUUUAGCUGUUAGUUUUGGACGUGGUUAGCACAGAAUAAAUAUAAAAACUGAAAGUAUUCAGACUAGCCUUUUUGUUUUUGUUUUGUUUUGUUUUUUGGUGGGACUAAGGG